AUGGCUCUUUCCAAUCUUCAGCCCGAGCUUGAUGCAGCGAAGGCCGAGAACCGUCAGCUGAGGAGUGAACUGGUCGCCAUGACCGAAUACAAUCGGAGCCUCGAAGCUGAGAAGGUCGGCCUUAACCGGGAGAAUGUUCGAUUUUUCUCGAGGCUAGAUGAGCUCGAGAUCACUGUUUCUCAACUCCGGGGGGAGCUGGAUACGGUGAAGGCUGAUGCUACAGGCUUGGUCGAGAAGAACUGGCUGCUCGAAUCCGAGACUGCCCUGUACAAAGAGCGCAUGAGGACGUUCGAGGAGAAAGCCGAGAAAAGGGCCCAGAUGUAUGAGGACCUGAAAACCGAGCUUGCGGAGGCGGUUAAUGCCAAUGAUGCUCUCAAGGCCGAGCUCGAAGCGGCCACUCAAAGGCAAGAUGCCCUUGAAGAGAGCCGGGGUGAUCUGGCUGCAAAGCUGGCCAAGGCCGAGGCCGAUUUGGAGGAGGCUUUGCAGAAUGUGGAGGCCACUGAAGCUCAUACUGCCAUUGUUGCCGAAUAUGAGAAGUGGAAGUCUCGGAGGAUUACCCUCGAGUAA